ACAUGUCGUCACUUUUAUGCUUUUGAAUUAGACGGAUUACAUCCCACUUUUGAAUCGUUCGUUCAGGCUUUCUGCAGGAAUAUUAAUAAAUGACGCAGACACCCGUAAGCCUGAGGCUCACUUUACCACCGAAGGCUACAUUCGCCGGACGUACCGGCGUUGUACAGGUCUUACAGGCUACGACACCCACCUCCAGCCAUGGGAUCAUCCAAAUUGGAUCUCCCACGGUUAAAGGAUUUUCUACUGUUCGCCCUCUCAUUCAGGCCUCCAAUACCAUACAUGUCAAUUCCAACACAGCCGUGCAGUACGUUCGAAAGCCAUCCGAAAUGACAGUUAUCAAUCCCGGUACCGCUUACGUCGCAUCUCCCAUGGGCCAACCCUAUCCCACCUACGGCGGUCCCAUCAUGUCGAUAAAUGCGAAUGUAAUGCAGUCGAUACCUGGCCCCCAAGGACUUGCGCAUAGCACGAUCAAUCAAAUGGGCGGUUCUGGUACUGUCAUGUCUAGUUUGGCAAAUUCUCGAAAGCCCUGCAAUUGCACAAAAUCCCAUUGCCUGAAACUGUACUGCGAAUGCUUCGCACAAGGACAGCUUUGUCAGAAUUGCAACUGCAACAACUGCAUGAACAAUCUGGCUUACGAAGAGGAACGUGGUCGUGCGAUCAAGAUGACGCUGGAACGCAAUCCUACUGCAUUUCAUCCAAAAAUUGGUCGUGGCGAAGGCGAGCGCAAGCACACCAAGGGGUGCAACUGUAAACGUUCAGGUUGCCUUAAAAAUUACUGUGAAUGUUACGAGGCAAAAAUCAGUUGCUCCGACCUAUGUCGAUGCCAAGGUUGUCGAAACACAGAGGAUAGUGUUGAGCGCCGCUCCCUCAUGCGGCUUGCCGCGAUGGGAUCUUUGCGAUCACGGCAACCUGCGUCCUACAAGAAACACCUGAUCGAGCCACCGUCUGAAACAUUACCCCACUGCUUUUUUACCUGGGAAGUUAUUGAAGCGACCGCCAGUUGCCUUUUGGCUCAAGCAGAGGAAGCAGAGCGUCGCGAUCUGCCACCUGCUGCUCAAGAACGCAUAGUGUUGGAAGAGUUCGGUCGAAUUCUUGAACACGUUAUCGACUCGGCAAGCAAGGCUCAAAUUCGUCCCGCCGGAAGUAUUCACGCUCCUGAUAGCGAUGAGGAGGAAUCACUCAUACAUACAGUUCCCCAAGUGAGCUACAAUCCAAGGACCGGCAGGACAGUCGGCGCAGCAACGGCUGCAGCCGCUGCAGCUGACGUCCUGUUGCGCAGUGAAGAAGAAGACGAAGAUGAUGAUGAUGAGAUAAUGAACGAGAUGGGAGUUAGCAACGAUGAAGAUGAUGCAGAUGAUAUGGACGAUGAUAUGUUUGACGAAGACGACGACGACCUCACCUCCAACGGCCCAACUCACCGAUGAAUGUUAAACCCUAUAUAUUCUCGUUUUCAGCGAGACACACCUGUACAUAAAACCAUUUUCUAGUUCAACAACCACGAAUGAUCGGAAAAUGUACAAUAGUAAAGAGCAUCGAUUUUCAAUUUUGAUAGGGUAUAACAAUUGUCUGUUGUUCCCGGCUGU